CUUGGAUUGCUAUUCUUCGAUAAAAUCUGUGUCUGUGUUUGUUAGAGAAGAGAAAUUGGAUCUGAACUUCAGAAAUUGUUGAUUUCAUCCACAAUCAUGCAGGCUAUUGUAGCUAACGUUGAAAAUGUACAUUUUGAGGUGGAGAUGCAGAUUAACAUGCAGCUUGGGACCUUACCACUUCCCUUUUCUGGCAUGGACAAGUCCAACUCUGCAGUAUGCCAGUACUACAAGAAUCAUUCUUGUAUAAAAGCAGCUCUGUGUCCGUUCAGACAUGUCAAGGGAGACAAGGCCGUCGUGUGCAAGCAUUGGCUGAGAGGCUUGUGCAAGAAAGGCGACGAGUGUGAAUUUCUCCACCAGUUUGACAUGACGAAGAUGCCUGAGUGUUUCUUUUUUGCCAAAUUCGGUAUGUGCAGCAACAAAGAUUGUCCAUUCCUUCACAUUGAUCCUGAUACAAAGAGGAAGGAUUGUCCUUGGUAUGACAGGGGCUUCUGUAAACAUGGUCCUCAUUGUAAGAAUCGCCAUGUGAGAAGAGUUUACUGUCCUAACUACCUCCUUGGUUUCUGUCCCGAUGGUGCGAACUGCAAAUAUGUACAUCCAACCUUCGACCUACCAAUGCCCGGUGAUAUGAAGGAAAUAGGUCAGAAGAAGGUAUGGAACUGUCACAGUUGCGGUGAGCCAGGUCAUAAAGCUAUUAAUUGUCCCAAGAAGAACCCUGUCCAGCCCUAUAAUACCGCUGCACCACCGAUGUCCUUCAGCCAGAAACAAGCUGCAGAAAGGCAGCAACAAGGGAUCCGUGUUCUAGGUAACUCUGACAUCAACUCUCAAUCCACUCAACAGAACAAAGAGACAAAUGCACCAUUUCAACCGAGGCACGGAGGUCGAGGAGGUCAUCAAGGAGGUCAAAGGACGUAUGACCACAUCACUUGCUAUAAGUGUGGAGAGAAGGGUCAUUUUGCCAACCAUUGCCCGAAGGGUCAUUUAGCAUUCCUGAGCAAUGCAUUACCAGGUAACCAGAGCGCAGCACCACCACCACCACAACAACAACAACAACAACAUCCUCAGUGAUGACCUCUCAACCAAGCACUACCCUGUCUGAUUCCUGCUACAACUCUCUACAGGGACCCGUUUCACAAACCUUUUUAUGCCUACGUUACGAAGUAGCCGGAGGCAUUAUGUUUUCGGUUGUCCGUCCGUCCAUCCGAACGUACGUCU